UAAGCUAAUUGAUAUGUAUGCAUAAAAUAAUCUAUUUUUGUUGGUCUGGCCCUUUAUAAUUCAGGCAUUCAUAAAAAACACUGUGAUUGCAUCAUAGCGGUCUUAAAGCAUUAAUAAUGGCUUAUAGGAACUGGUUUUCGAUUCCCGCCGUCAGAGCUGAUGACGAAGAGGACUUAGUUGACCCGCAAGCAGUUUUACGGGAAAAAUGUCAAGCUAAAGGUCACAUAGAAUCUUUGUACAAUAAGUACCAAGAGUGCAAUGAUCGUGUGAAUGGGCGAUCCAAAACAACUGAGACUUGCAUCGAGGAAUUAUUUGACUAUGUUGCUGAGUUAGAUCAUUGCGUUUCGCACAGUCUUUUUACAAAGCUAAAGUAAAUACCAUUAAAGUCAAUUCUAUUAAAGGAAAGGGCAGUGCUUAAAAUAAGAUCAUAAAUAAACAAAUCUCUUAAUCGAG